GCCUGUAGAAAGAAUAAAAUCGAUAAAUAUAGUUAUUCUGCCGGAAACGUAAGCGGAAUCAAUUUUGUCUGGAUAAAAUUUCCCUCGUGAAAAUUAGUGAGUAAGAAGUUGAGGCCUUGAAAAUGUUUCUGCAGAUUUUUCACAAAAGUAGUUAGAAAUUCCUAUCGACUACUAUGAUUCGGCCCCCAAAAACGUAGGCAUUCCCUGUUUUGAAUAGAAAAUGUUUAAUCUCAAAAUAAAUUAAAGACUUCUUGACCAAUCAGAAAUUCAUAAAACGUAAUAAGUAUUGUGGUAAUAGCUAAAGAAAAUGUGUUCCUUUCCAAUUCAAGAAUAAAUUUUUAGAAUAGCAUCGCUGGCAACACCGUAAUACACGUUGAAAAAAUUUGACACCGAAGGACAAUGCCUAAACCUAACCUCAAUUUUGUUUUUCGUUACGUUAACGAUUCGUACAAAAAAUGCUUUCGUUGAUUCGCCGAAGCUUAAACCCAGUAUUAAAAGAAAGUCUAACGAGAGCGAUACCAAUUUCCACCUGUAGUCAGCUCAACAACCAAGUGCAAGACGAUGGAACAUACUUAGAAGUUAAGGAUAUCACCAAAGACAGGUCCGAAAAGGUCCCUGUCGACACCAGUAUAAGGUACCUCAAAAGCCUUGCCUACCAAAAAACAUACGAAGGACAGCCCGUUUGGGUAUCCUACAGAAGGAACCACAAAGGACUUUAUCCUCCUAAGAAAACUAGGAAGACCUGCAUAAGAGGAGGACAAAUAUCUACUGGUAACCCUUGUCCCAUUUGUAGAGACGAAUACUUGGUACUGCAUGAGGAAAACGUCGAUUUGCUGAAACAGUUUAUCUGUCAACAUACUGGCAGUAUCUUGAGUUACUCUAAAACUGGACUAUGCCAAAAAAAGCAUCAAGAACUUGUAGUUAGUAUUAAGCGAGCAUAUGAUAGAGGUCUGAUUACUAUGGAUGUGCCUUUAAGAAAAUACAACUACUCAGACUAUUAUAAAGAAUAAAAAUGGAGGCCUUUUUUGUCAUUGUAGGAGGAGGUAUAGCUGGUGUUAGCUGUGCUGAAACUUUAGCCUUUUUAGAACCAGAUAGGUCUAUAAUAUUGUUAAGCGAGUCUGCUCUUAUCAAAACUGUGGUUAAUCUACAUGCUAUCACUAGAACAUUACAAGAUUUUGACAUUCAGGAAGUGGGAAUACAAGAUUUUAGUUCCAAGCAUAUAAACUUGAAAGUCAUUCAUGAUGUUUUAACACAUAUCAAUGAUACAACAAAACAAGUCCAAACUCAAGGUGGUUUGAAUAUAAAAUAUACUUAUCUCUGUAUAUGUACAGGAGCUGAACCAAAACUUAUACCCCAAGCCAAGCACUUUGAAGAAAUUGUUGGAAUUAGAGAUACAGACUCUGUAGAUACCUUUAUCCAGAGAAUAAGCAAGGCAAAAACAGUAGUAAUUGUGGGCAAUGGAGGCAUUGCUACUGAGCUAGUAUUCAAAAUAAAAAAUGCUGAAAUACAUUGGUCUAUAAAAGAUAAACACAUGUCAGCAACUUUUGUUGAUCCUGGUGCAGCAGAAUUCUUCCAGCCAUGUCUCUAUGUCAAAGAUGUUUCUGCACCUCCAGUUACAAAAAGGAUGAGAGUUCAGGAAGAAGAAUAUCGCAAGAGAGGAGCAGCACUAGGACCAGACUGGUACAAGAAUUUGAUCAUCAGUGGGGCCAACGCUGAUAUUCCUAAAUCUGUUAAUCUGCAUUAUGAAACUGAGAUCAAAGAUGUGAAGAGAUUGGAGAGAUCUGAGUUCCCUAUUGAGGCAAUCCUAAGUAAUGAUGAGAAGAUUCCUUGUGAUUUGAUUGUUUCUGCUACAGGUGUGUUGCCGAGAAAGAGCUUCACAACAGAAAACACAUUUGACCUAUCAGGAGAUGGUGACAUACAAGUUAAUGAAUUCAUGCAGACUAGCGUACCAUUUAUCUACGCAGCGGGUGAUGUCUGUAACUGCAACUGGAAGCUUGCAAAGCACUGGUUCCAAAUGAAACUGUGGACACAGGCCAGACAGAUGGGCUCUUAUGCUGCAAAAUCCAUGGUAGGGCAUCUCAACAAUGAAGAGGUUUUACAAGACUUUUGUUUUGAGAUGUUCGCUCAUUCCACAAGGUUGUUCAACUUCAAAGUGAUACUACUAGGAUUGUUCAAUGGGCAGAAGCUAGGUAGGAACUAUGAAAUGUUGCUGAGGAUGACCAAAGGUGUGGAGUAUGUUAAGUUUGUAUUGGAGGAUAACAAGUUGCAAGGUGCAGUUUUGAUUGGGGAGACAGAUUUGGAAGAAAUGGCAGAAAAUUUGAUUUUGAAUCAGAUUGACUUGUCGCCUUAUGGGGAUGAUAUUCUUAAUCCUGAUAUUGAUAUAGAGGACUACUUUGAUUGAUUUCUCAUAAAGUGUGCAUGGUAACGAUUGAUUUCUCAUGAAGUGUGCAUGGUAACAAUUUUUUCAUUCUUGUAUUAUUGUAUGCUUGGAUAUAUUAUACAUUUGUUCCUGUGAAGACUUUUUGAUUAUUUAACGGUUAUUGUUCUGCCCGAGUUACAAUACAUAAAAUUCUCAUAGAGCACCGCGCCAACCAUAUGGCAAGAAGUUUUUCUCAUUUCAUGAGAUAUUUUCCAAAAAUUUUAUUUCGACAGCAUAUCCAUAAUUUGACACCAUAAAGUACAUUCUGGAUUAUUUGCUUAUUUUUAUAAACGUAGAGUGGUACAACUUGCUUUCAAAAGCUCAAAUGUGAAAUUUCUGUUACUUAAUAAGUUCUAGAAUGACUUAAUAAGUUUUUGCAAACCUUCUCCUUUACUUGUGAAUCUGCCUCUGCCAUGCAGGUUAGACUUCCCUUAAGUAUAAGGCAAAUAUCCAUUAUUCUCUGACAAUGACAGUUUGACUUGAAAUGUAUGGUCACGUUUUAUCGGUAUUUUGAAAAAGUAUGACUUCGUGCCAGCUAGCGAAUUGAAAUACUUUUGUCUCAUUUGUGUACCAAUGCCUACCAAAGUGACAGCUUUGUAUCAACAUAAUAAUAAUACUUACCAGUGGAAACAUCUACCUUCAGGCUUGUGCUGCACUUUGCAAGUUAUGUAAGAAGUAGCAAGUCUUGAAACUGUCAAACUCCACAAUUAUCUGCAAAUACUCACACUUUUAAACAAUAACACAAAAAGUAUGAAUUUAAUGACAGAACUGUCAAAAAAUUUACUUAUGUCAUGUGCAGUUUGACUAUGAGAAUAAGGAGACAAACAAAUCCUUAACUGGCUCCUAUUGGUACUAGCAGAUUCCUUGAGCGGGGAAUACACAGGACUUCAAUGAGUUCUCUUUGGAUGUACAAAAUUUCUUUCAACACACAAGCGAAAACAGAAGUGGA